GUGCGAGCGAGGAAGUGACGUAAGCAAGACGAGGAGAAUCGGCCACUCGGUCCUCGCAAGCUGAAGAGAAAGUCCUCUUCCUCAUCUCCCGAGAAAUCUAGAAUCCGGGAAAUCUAGAACUUCUAUUGGAGUAGGGUGGCUUGAAUAUCUUCAAAAUGUCACACUAGAGAACAUUGGCCAAGUCUUCUGUGUUCUGGAAGCCAUGAUGGCUUUCCCAGAGAGCGGCAUGCUUGGCCAUCACCUCCGCUCUCUGACCCCAGAGGAGGAGGAGAAGCUGAAACGGCAGGAGUCGCGUGGAUUGCUUUCUGAAUUCCAGCAAAAGAAACUAGAGCAAGAAGCGGCAAAGAACUGGGACAAGUUCUACAAGCGCAAUGAAACCAGGUUUUUCAAAGAUCGCCAUUGGACAACCAGGGAGUUCAAAGACCUCAUAGGAGACGGUGCAGUGAAAAGAACUUUGUUAGAGGUUGGUUGUGGAGUUGGAAAUUUCUUCUAUCCACUGUUGGAGGACGGCUUGAACCUCUUUGUGUAUGCUUGCGACUUCUCCCCAAGAGCAAUAGAAUUUGUGCAGAGCCAUCCCAUGUAUGAUGAAACGAAAGUUUGUGCUUUCCAGUGUGAUAUUACUAAGGAUGAAUUGCUUGAAAAAACUAACCAUACAGUGGACAUUAUAAGCUUGAUCUUUGUCCUAUCAGCCUUGCAUCCUGACAAAUUUCAAACCGCCAUUUCAAAUUUGUAUCGUUGUCUGCGACCAGGAGGCAUGGUGCUAGUCCGUGACUAUGGCCUGUAUGACAUGGCUAUGCUGAGGUUUGGGCCGGGAAGCAAACUUGGGGAACGUCUAUAUGUGAGACAGGAUGGCACUAGGGCAUAUUACUUCAUGGAAGAAGAGCUUACUCAAUUAUUUGAGGGUGCAGGAUUUGUGACUGCCAGUAAUUCCUAUGUGACACGUCAGACUGUCAAUAAGAAGGAAGGCAUCGAUGCACAGAGGAUUUUCAUUCAAGCAAAAUUUGUCAAGCCUGAAGAAUGAAGUGCUGAAAAUGAAUCUGAGGCACUUGUUAUAUUGGUUGAAGAACUAUGCUGCUACACCUUGUAGAACAAAGAAACCCCUGUGAUGGGAGCAGUCAAGUUGACCUGAAAACUUCCCUAACUCUAGCUCCAUAAAAUGCAGAACCCCUUCAAACUGAGAUGCUUGCAUGAAAGGUGCACCACCACACCCUUAGAAAAAGGAAUGCAGAAAUGUGAUCGACUAGACUUGCCGAUAACCUGGAAGGAAGCAGCAAAAUGGUAGCAGUUGCUUUACAUUAUGGUGACAUGUGUUGCUGGACAUGCCUAAUGGUUCUCAGAUGUACUGAAACCAUUGCCAUGAUUCCCAUUUCCAUAAGGAAUGCCUACAUGGGUUUUACCGGCUUAGUACAAAAUAUGUUGAGAAGUGGCGUACUUGGAUAGUGGUGGCUACAAAGAAUUUGUACUGAAGUCUUGGUUUAUAUUUGCAAAACAACUGUACAUUAAGAUUUGCUAGUGAUCCUUAAAAUAUCCAGUCAUCAGGAUGGGAUGAACGGCUCGGCUCAAGCUACUCGUGUCAAGUUUACAUGAGAACAGGAUUCUUAGGAAGGUCCAUGUGGUCCAACAGAAAUGUAGACCUGCUUUAGUUCAGCUGGACAACCAGUACCACAUGGAGGGAAAAAAAGGUUUAUAUUCCUCAGUAGUUGUGGAAGAAAUGCAAGUUGUCAAAUGAAGAAAAUAUGGUAUUCUUUUGCAGCUGCAGAACCUUGUUCUAAUGAACUACAUAUGUACUGGAUUAGUUUAGUUGCAUGAAGUUUCCUGUUCUUUUGGGGAAGGAGGAUGGCUGUCUGCUGGACUUAUAAAACCAAUAAAGAGAAAUAAAACCUA